AUGGAGGCCGGCGAGCCACAGGCACGGAGUGACUGGCUCAAGGUCAACUACAGCCUGCGGCAGGGACGAGACAGGCUGCGCCCCGCUGCUGGCGCCGGUCCCUUCUUCACUGACCCCUUCUUCCUCAUCGAGACCCUGUGCAUCAUCUGGUUCUCCUUUGAGCUCCUCGUGCGCUUCUUCGCCUGCCCCAGCAAGCCCGAGUUUUCCCGCAACAUCAUGAACAUCAUUGACAUCGUGGCCAUCAUCCCCUACUUCAUCACCCUGGGCACCGAGCUGGCCCAGCAGCAGCAGCAGAAGCAGCAGCCCGGCAGCAGCAGCAACAACGGGGGCCAGCAGCAAGCCAUGUCCCUGGCCAUCCUCAGAGUCAUCCGCCUGGUCAGGGUCUUCAGGAUCUUCAAGCUCUCCAGGCACUCCAAGGGGCUGCAGAUCUUGGGGAAGACUCUGCAGGCCAGCAUGAGGGAGCUGGGCCUCCUCAUCUUCUUCCUCUUCAUCGGGGUGAUCCUCUUCUCCAGUGCCGUUUACUUUGCAGAGACUGAUGACCCCGACUCCCUGUUCACCAGCAUCCCUGAUGCUUUUUGGUGGGCGGUGGUGUCCAUGACCACCGUGGGCUAUGGGGACAUGUAUCCCAUGACAAUUGGUGGCAAGAUCGUGGGCUCCUUGUGUGCCAUCGCGGGUGUGCUCACCAUCGCCCUGCCCGUCCCUGUCAUCGUGUCCAACUUCAACUACUUCUACCACCGAGAGACUGAUCAUGAAGAGCAGUGCCAGUACACCCAUGUCACCUGUGGCCAGCAGCAGUCACCUUUCUCUGAGCCCAAGAAGGGGGACAGUAAUCAGUCUCUUAGCAAAUCUGAAUUCCUGGAAGCAGAAGACCUGGAGUCCAUGAAAUAUUCCAACUUCAUUCCUCCCAACAACCAGGGUUAUAAAGAGAAGAAAAUGCUGACAGAGGUGUGAUCAGAUUUGUUAUCCUGGAUCCAGACACGGAUCUGCAAGCUGCUGCACAGCCGUCUUCCUACUAGCAGCUGGAUCUAUUCAGCAUUUAAAUGCCAGACUGUGAAUUGUGAUACCGUAAACAGAAUGAUUGUGAUAAUGGGCUCUUCUGUCCUGAUUUGCUGUUUCUCAUUACCGUGUGCAGCCAGAAAUGUUCUUGCUUUAUUCCGUGGAGCUCUAGCUGUCAUCCCCCACUCCCUCGUGAAUUACUUUCUCCUUUUGAAGACUGCUUUAAUCCAAUAUUUGCUCUGAAACCUUGCCUUUCUACUCCACUAGCAGAGAAGCCCUUGCCACUACUUCAGCUGAAGGAUUCAGCAGGGAGUAAACAGUUAAAGGGGCUACAAACAUCUGGCUUAAGCUGUGCCCUUAGUUCCUGUGCCAGCGCAGUGCCCUUGGCUGUGGGAUCAGUCACGCCUGCCAUGCCAUUGCCUUUGAAUAAUGGAAACGCUGUAGCCAGCAUCACAGUGAGUUUUGCAGCUGUAGGGGAAAGUCAGCAAGCAGAUGCUUGCCUUCUUUGCAACCUUUGGCAUGCUAAAGAUCCUUUUGGUUUGUGUUUCAGAAGAAAAGUGCAUAGAUCAAAAGCUCUUCGCUACUUGUGACCAUAUACCAUUUAUCAAAGCCAGGCUUAUAGAAAUCAACAGUCUCGGUGGAGAUUCUUUGUGUUUUGAGCUUAUUUCAGCCUUAGUUAUGCCAGUGCCCUGAUGUCAAUUAGCUUUUAUGGUACCAACUUAAUCUUCAUAGUGGUAAGUGCCUUCUGAUGCAAGGCACAUUUGAGUAAAUUCAUUUGUUAUCUCCGCAGUUUAUCUCCACACAAAGCGUUUAAUGAGAUGUACUUUAUGCCUCAGAUACCCAGCUCUGUAUACAGGCAUGUGAGAGCCGUUGACUCCUCUGCGUUUUUACUGAAGCGUUUGUACAGCCGAGGGAAGUUUGCAUGCUGGUAUUUUGUUGACAUUGCUGAAAAACCCUGACCACAGGCGGCUGCACUUGUGCUGUCUGAAGAUUGCACUGAUUUAGCGGGUCACAGGCGUAAAUUGCCCCAGGGUAAGUGUGUCAACAUUGGAGAUUUAGACUGGCACGGAUACAAACUUCCCUAAGCCAUCUGCACAAAGCCAGCAGCAUACCCCAGACCUUUCAAAUGAGGGGAGAAACAGCUAGCCUUGAAGAGAUGCUUUUGUCGAGGGACCAGAGGUUUGCAUCUUAAGACGCACAUUUUGCUUCCCAGAUCAUUUCAUUUUAUUAAUCAGCUCCGCCUUACAUCUAACUUUAAAAGGUUUCAGAUGCUGCCAGUGGGUGAGAAGGAGAAAUGGAUGCUUUCAGAUUCUAUUGGUAAAUUUUCCUGCAAGGAAAAGUCUUUCUUGUUUUAAAUUUUAAGUGUAUAUUCUGCAUUCACAUGCGUGCAUGUGUAUGAAAGCAAAGGCAGUCAUUAAUGCCUUGCAUCAUGCUGUAUGAUAUGCAUAUUAGAAUGUACUACAUAUUGCAUGUGACACAUGUAAUACAUAAACCAGACAUAAUAUCAAGAUGCAAAAAUCUAUAGAAUACAUUUUAUGUAUAUGUAUAUAUUAUGCUUUUCAACCAUAAGGCUAAGAACUCUAAAGGCAUAUACUUCAAUAUAGUCAGAACUGGCUGUAGAACUGGUUGUGAGAUGGGAUCUGUUUGCAUCUUCGUUACCCUGCUUGCUUUUCGUUGUCCUGAGAUCUGGCUCUGUGCCUAGAGUGCUUUUAUUGUGGCCUCUCCUCCUCUGGGCCCUGCUCAUAUGGUAGAAGUUGUUUGUGCAAAUCCCAACUGCUUCAUUUCUCCAGAGUCCCGUUGUCUCCUCAAAGGUUUUUAAUGUGCAGGGAUCUCCCUCGGGGUCAGCACACAACCAUUAUAUUAAAACCUCUGUUCUCUCUCUCGCUGAAAUCGGUAGCAAAACGCCACUUGUCUCUGUUACUGCGGGUCAGUCUGAGAGGCACGAGUGUGAUGUGGUGUGGGCUCUGUAGCUGAGAGGAGCUUGCCUGGAUACCUUAGGCACCUAAUUCCUCUUUGGUUCAUCGGGACUGAGGGAAACGUCUGUGAAGGGCUGGGCCUUGGGAGCCGUUCUACCUCCCCUGAAGCCUGUAACCAGCUGCUGGGCCCUCUUGUUCAGCGUACAGAGAUCCCUAUUGAGAUAAAGAAGAAUGAGUAUAAAGGAAAUUCAGGGCAGCAAGAGACAGGGUAAGGACUGAAGUGUCUUCCAUACCGUGAUGGAAAGAACAGCAUCAACCCUAACAGCAAAGGAACAAAGAGCUCCAGUGUCUGCUGCUGUAGCAGAAAUAGGUCCUGUUUACAUCAGGGAAAGAUCUGCAGAUUACAGCAGGAGUUAACCACAGCUUUCCCAAAAGCUCCCAUCUGACUUAAGUCUAAGCUGGAUUCUGGAUGCUGCAAGGCUGUCAUGUCAGGAUGCUGCAAGGAGUUACAUCUUCUUACCGUAGAGUUGGUGAAGUUUCCUUGUGUUCAAUACAAUGUUUAUCGACAGAAAACGGAUUUAUUUGCUUUGCGGUUUUCUUGUUGCUGUUGUUUUUAAAGGGGUUAACACUCUUAGUUCCAUGAAACUGAAACUAGACGUGAACAGAGGUUGGAGAGAGGGGGCAGGGAGAAUCCCAUGUACGAAUCUAAUGUGUCUCAUUUGUGGGAAAACUAAAUAAAGUGGGAUUCAGCUGCCAGUGGCUAAAUAGCAGCAAUUUAUGAGCUGCUCAUCAAAAGCCCCAGACAAGCACUGAGUCCUGUGGGAAGCUGAAAAUCGACACAGGGCACCUCCAGAAGACUCUGUUGUUGAAACUUAUUUUAAACUUUUGUUUCAAGUGGAGGAUCCAGUCCUGACAAAUGCAUAAGGUCAGCCCUUAGAAGAGCAAAUAGCUUUCUCUGGAGAAUCAAACAGGUGGCUAAGGUCUCUCCAUUUGUCUGCCUGUCUUUUGGCCUUGGAUUACUGUGCUAUUCAAAACUGUGUUUUCAUAACCCAGAUAAAUGGUAGACGAUUCAGAUAGCUCUACAAGUAGUAAUCAUGCUGCUCAUGCAAAAUAUCUGAUAUCUAAGGGAUGGGCCCAAACUAGAGGCAUUUCUCAUUUACCUAUGAAGUGUCUUGCCUUAGCAUAUGUACAGUCAAUUCUUGUGAACAUUGAGUCCAUUGCCUGCUCUAAAGGAGGUAGUGGCUUAGUUUCAGUGGCUGUAGAGUGUUUCACUGAAUUAGCACUCUUUGUAGUCUUUCAUGUGAUUUAGAAGACACAAUAGCCAGACAGUUCUGAAAAUGUAAUAUAAUUGUAUGCAGCAUUCCCAGAAAAUGCUCUGAAGUCUUCUCCCAUUGCACCAUUGUGGUAAAAACCUCCGUUGCUCUUCAAGCUCCAAAAGCCCAUGCUGUGCUGUGCCGUGCUGAAACUGGUAAUAAAUCCAAUUAGUGCUGAAAAGUGAAGGGCAGAGAGGGGUGCUCUGGCCUGGAAUCCCCUCCCUUUGGCAGCAGCAAAGGUCAGUCAUGCAGCCAAAUGUCCAUAACCAAAGGUGAAUCCACCCUGAGUGUGUUUCCAGCUCUCUGCAUAGGAGAGUGGGAGGUGGGUAGGGAGAAUUGAUUCUGGGAGGUGAGAGACUGAGAGGAGGAGUGGAGUGAAGGAUACCCUGAGCGUGAUGGCUGCGAUUUUCAGAAGGUACUCUGAUGGGUGCUGGCCACCCAGCUUCCCUACCA